AUGCCCCGCUACACCCCCACCCACAAUGUCGUUCCCCCCGAGAUCUUCAUCGACUUCGAAUCUCACUACCACGAACUCUACGACCUCGUUGUCCACUACCGCGAUGCCCUUGCUAGCGACUCGAUCUUGAGUAUUCUGCGCUCCGCUCUCGACGACGUCGUUGAGCGCAUUGAAGAAGCAUUGCGCUUGAAAACUUUGGUUGUGCGUUGUCGAUUUUUUGGAAGAAAUAGACUUCAUAGAAAGUACAAGCAAUUACUCUAUACAUUGAGAGCUAUACAGGCAGAUUUGUUGGAGUGCAUGUAUGAUUAUGAUGGGAAUUGA